AUGGACACCUCCACGGAGGUGGCUACCAAAUGCGCGGCACAUGCCCUCGUCCUGUCGCACAGCGCGGACUGCUGCUGCGACCUGCGCGGCCUCUCAUGCAUGCCGGCCGCGCGCUGCUUGAAGAGGGACACCGCCCACGUCUCUGAUGGAGUGUCUUUGCGAAAAUGGAUGCGCGAGACACAAUCGACCAAUGCGAGCGCUUGGUACAAGGGCCUGUUCCAGCCACCGGGGAUGUUUCUGCAGUACUCGACCAUACAUGCGUGGCAGUCAUGGCUCCGAACGGGCUCCUUUGCCGGCCGAUGGCCACCAAUCCUCUACCGGUACAUCCCAAACGACAAUGCGUGGUGCGUGCAGCGUGGCCUGCGUGGCCUUUCGUGCUUCCUCGGUGGCACCACGGGUGACGAGAUGGUGCAACCGUCCGCGCUCGGUGGGGACGCGCUCAGACUGUCACCCGCCCGACUGCCGAGCCACGCAUCAGCUGCACGAGAGGUCAACCGCGUUCAACAGUUCCGGCACGAACGCCCGCUCCAGAGACAAAAGGAGCUGGCGCCGUUGCAGUACAUGCUCACGUACGCGCACGUGAGCGCGGUUCUGUUCAGCCCACAGCCCCCCGUCACAGCAGCCUACUCGCACCAUCUCAAGUCUAUACGGCCCAGUCAUGAGCGGCGCUUGGCGCUGACUGUUGGCCUGCACAUCCGACGUGCCGACUCGUGCACGCGUAUCAAGACGCUACAGCUCAAGCCUGCCCCACUCGAGCACAUGGGGCAGCACAGCAACUCGCGGAUGUGCUUCGCAACGAGCGUAUACAUGGACGCGCUGCUGAAGCUGUACCGGAGGUAUGGCCCCCUCAAGGUUCUUGUGUCGUCCGACUCGUCUUCAGACAUGGUUGCAGAGAUGCGUGCGGCGGGCGGCGCGUUCAGGCAGGUGUUCCAGAGCUCGCACUGGCACUAUCUCGACUACCCGCGCGAUGACUUCAGCUACCCCGAAGCGGCGGCGCAACGCAAGUCCGGCGCGCAACCCUUCAUCGAGUUUAUCAGCGACAAGAGGCAGCAAGCGCGAAUUGGCGAGACGGCGUUCGCCGACCUUGUGCACCUGAGCCACAUGCAAUUCUUUGUCGGCCACCUUGGCUCGCGCUUUGGCAAAUCUGCGUGGGCUCUGGCCACUGCACGGCACAACACGUUUGUGCCGUACAUUUCCGUGGAUGGGCACUCGCCGUGUUGUGCUAUAGACGAGAACUGCGCCCUCCUUGCCAUGCGCGGCAUGGUCGACUGCCUCUCCUUUGCCCACGAGCAUGGGUGUCCCAACAACCAUUAUUGGCAGGAAGGCGCGCAGCCCGGACUUGAUUUGCCUCGCGACCACACGGUUGAUGACACCUACUGUCUGGAUGUCUCGCCGGUGGCGGCCUGUGCUGCGGCGGCGGCGGGCGAGGACGCCACCGACGACCUGUGCGGCGUCACGUCCAACCGCAAGAAGCAGGAGGUCUACUCGCCGACGGGGGAACAGUUUUUUUUACUCGCCGACGGGCGAGACCUCUCCUUCCUGCCGGCGGCGGUUCGCGGCUCGCCCCACCACGCCGACGGGCGCCUGCUCGUCAUCAAGGUGCUCGGGACCUUCCUGGGCGACGCUGCUGAGGCCUCGCGCCGCCUCGUCGAGCGGGUGCGCCGUGCGCUGGCGCCGCUGGCGGGGCGGGAGGGCGUGUGCGGCCUACACGACACGCGGCGGUGCAACCUCGCGCUCCAGAUUCAGAUGACGCUCAAUCGCUUCUGCGCGAACGCCUCCCUCAACUACUUCCUCCGCACGAUGCCGGAGGAGGCGACGCGGGAGGCGGCACGGCUGCACGAUCGGCUCAUCGGCGAGGCGUUCAACGAGCUCACGGCGGGGCGCUUGAGCUCGACGGCGCAGCGCAGGGCGGCGCUGCAGCAGGCGCGGCUGCCAGUCAAGCUCGGCGGCGCCGGCCUCACCUCCAUGUCGGCCGUCACCGACGCGGCGAUCGUCGGCUCGUGGUGCCUCUGCUGGGAGCCUAUCGCUCGCCUCUGCCCGCAGCUGGCGCGCGGCAUCGACCUCGGCGCCGCCGCGGUGGCGGCGUCGGCGGUGGCGGCGGCGGAGGCGGCGGCGGGGCAGGCGGAGGCGUGUGUUCAUUGGGGGGGGUCAUAA